UCUCUGUUACAAAUGCAUUUUGCUUUUCCGCUAAACAUAGAUGGCGUCUGCGACCCCACGUUCCCAACGGCUCAAAACCAACGUUUCUCACCAACCUCUUUCACUGUUUCAUUAUUUCACCACCUUCUCUGUUUUCGUCCUCUACAAUUGAUAGAUAUAUUCAUAACACACAUGUGAAGCUUCCUCCGAUGUUUCAUACUUUGUUUCUCCCAUCGAAACCAACAGUUACAACUCCAAUUUUAGACACAACCCUCUUCCUCUUUUGCUUGAAAAAUCUUGCCAACUCUCUGUCUCUGUCUCUUUCUCUUUCCCUUUCUCUUUUUUGUGGGUUUGUUUCUCUUUCUAUGCGGUUACAUGGGAGUUCUAAAUUAAGGUAAAUUGCAAACGGGUGUGAGGUAUGCUUGGCGUUUAAUCAUUUAUAUUGGCCGUAGACAGCUCCUCUGGUUGGGUGUCAGCGCGAGUGGCUCUCCUCCUCUGUUUCUCUCUUUCUCUCGCUCUCUCUCUAUUUCUGUGUUUUUGGGGGUUUUCCAAUUGUAGAAAGAGUGAUUGAGGGGUGACAAAGAUUGUGAGGUUGGAUUGGGUUUCCAAUCUCACCACUCAUUUUCUUGAAAUGGGUUGUGUCGUCUUUUGGGUUCUAGAAAAGAAAUGAUUGAAAUAUCCAGAGUGUGAGAAUCCAAACUCCGAAGGAAAAUGGCGUCCUCGCAGGUCGACAUUGCUGCCUCUGCGCCGUUUGGUUGUGUUCUGAGGGAUCACAACAGGCGAGACCGAUGCAGAGAAAGCAAUGCCCACUCGACUUUCCAAAAAAACCUCAAGAAUUUGGUCAGAGGUCACCUCCAUUCAUGCAUUUCAAUCUCUUCCGGUUGCUCUGCAUCCGACAAGAAGAGGGAGAGGGAUCAGAACAACAAUGUUGAUUCUUGGGUCGCCAACGGAGAGACCAACAAUCGCCGUAGGCAGUCGCGGAUUCUUGAUCGAUGGGCUGCCCAACAAGCACGAGAAGUGGUUUCAACCAUUGAGAAACAGGAGGCUGAGUUGUUACCACUAUUGAACUCACCGUCUCUUGUUUCAUCAAGGGCUUCGAGUUCUAGGAGGGAAGACUCUGCAGCUCCAUCGAAUAGUUCUACUGAAACCUCAAUUCUUGGUGCUUCUUCCCUUGUUCAGAUAUGGGAGAAGAGGCUAAACCGGUUGAACGGUUUGAAAUUGAAUUCGGCCACCUCACCUUCACCUUCCAGGUCUACUUCUGGAUUCAGCUGCAAUGAGAACGGGUCCUCUGUUGAAGAACCAUCAUCAGCCGAAGAAGCAGGGGACUCUGCUCGUGAAAGAUAUGAUGCUCAGCCUAACGACGACCAGUUUGCCGACUGGGAGUCCGACAGAACGGCUCUGAGUGAUGCACCUUCCUCAUCACAAGGCCGAAAGUCAGAUGCAGGAGAGAAUGAAAAAGUUAGAGUUGCGGAUAUCAUUAAGAGAUUGGCGUCUGCUUAUCAAACACCCAGUCCAAUAACUUCUGGGAACGACGAUAAUGAUCAUGGCCAUGGGCAUUCUAGCGUGCAAGCAUCGCCAUCUAGAGAGCGUUCUUCGUUACACGAACAAACGGAGCAAAGAGUUUUCUCGCAGGUUAUAAGUUCACCUCGGAUCAGAGGAAGGCAAGCAUUCACGGAUUUGCUUAUGCACUUGGAACGUGACAGGCAUAGGGAGCUAGAGACAUUGGUUGAGCGUCGACCUGUUUCAAGAUUCACACAAAGAGGCCGCAUUCAGUCGUUGAUUCGGCUUAGAUUACUACAGCGUGGCAUGGCGAUUCGAGAUCAGCCGUGCCCGCCAUCAACAACAACAUCUGGAGUGAAUGGAUUACCACAGGGAUCUACCAUUAUGCAUCUCAGGGACAGAUUUAGGACAGGUGCUAAGCAGGUAGCAACAGCUCAGAUUAGUGGAGCUUAUCCAAGAAGCCAUCAUCGGGAGAUAGUAAACAACACCGUUGAUUUGGACAAUUCUUCCACUACCAAUGAGCCUAGUGACCACACCAUUAAUGAGAAAGUUAGUAUAACUGAGCAGCACAGCACACAGCAGGUACAGAACUCAAUGCCACAAACUAGGGAAGAUGUUCGUGAAGAAGCCAGUCCAAGUUCAGAUGUAAUAAACCAAGGAACAAGAUUAGAGGAUAGAAACCUUGACUCACAAACAACCGCAGAUAGUACAACUGCUUCCUUAAACUUUUGGGAUGAGAAUGACAUAGCAGAAGAACUAGAGGUCAGUGAACAUGAGUAUGCAGAAUCCAGUUACGAUUGGAUUGGUGACAUUUCUCGCCCACGAAGUUAUUGGGAAGGCCGCCGACAAGCACGGUACGAGGAGGUGCUUAACAACUCGAGCAAUGGGGAGAUCCGUAAUCUCCUUGAAAGAAGAACAGUAUCAAAUUUUCUUGUCAGCGACUUCAGAGAGAGCAUGGACAGAUUGAUGUCAUCUCGCUUGGAAAGAACAAUGCAUUCAGAAGAAGAAGAAGAAGAGCAUGGCAGCCAAGGGAGAAUGGACCAAUUGAUGUCUUUCUUACAAAGGCAUAGGCAUCUAUCAGGCAGUCAUGAAGAAGAAGAGAAUGGGGAGGGGGAGGAAGUCAGAGAUGUCGCAGAAGAAGAACCAGAGGGGGAGGAAGACAGAGAUGGGGCAGAUGAAGAAGAAGAGGGAGAGGAGGAGGAAGAGGAAAGCCUAAUUGGCGGUCAGUAUAAUGAAGCCAGUGAUUAUUUUGAUCAAUCCUCAUCACUGCCACAAAUGCCUUCACCGUCUCAAUUAUGGUCAUGGACUGAUCGAGAUAAUGAAGUUAGUGAUGAUUCUGAAGUUGCUAACUCUACAUCUCAGUCCCCACAUUUACUAUCUCAACCUUACCAUCAGGAUAGUCAGCAAAACCCUUCCUCCACAAAUCACAAUUCAACUGAAAUGGAACUUAUAUACGAUUUGAGAGGCCAUCUGGAGCAACUCUAUCAUGAGAUGUCCGAACUAAGAAAAUCAAUAAAGGGCUGCAUGGACAUGCAGAUGAUGUUGCAACAAUCCAUUAAUCAAGAGGUUCAUUCAGUUCGAGGGGAAGGGAAGAAGUCCGAUGAUGGGGCACCAAAGAAAGGAAAUUGCUGUAUUUGCUACGAAAUGCAAGUCGACUCACUUUUGUAUAGAUGCGGACACAUGUGCACCUGUCUCAAAUGUGCUCAUGAAUUGCAAUGGAGUAACGGAAAAUGUCCAAUAUGUCGAGCUCCAAUAAUGGAUGUCGUGCGAGCAUAUGUGGGCUUGUAGAGUACUGGUGAUCGAGUUCUUGCUCCAGAGGACCAUCUUUAUCCGUAGAACUUUGGAAAGCGGGAGUUGGAAAGUUGAAGUGGUAUUAUUUUUUAUUUACCAUCUAUGUUUUGUACAUGUCUUCAGUCUUCUCGUUCAACAUUACACAUGCUCUCUCUUUUUCAACGUGUACUCUGUAUGUGUUUUUUUUCUAAAGGGAAAUGACAUUUAACAAUCUCUGUUAUUGAUCA